AUGAAGUUUUUGUUUGUUUUUAUUUUAUUUGUUAUCCAUUUUGUACACGCGGUAAAAGUGGUCCAUUACUUAACAUCCCAUAAACCAUGUUGUACUUCUGGUAGAAGAUUCUUUAUGAGUACGGGACAGUUAUUGCCGAAGAUUAAUAAUGUAGAGUCUAGGAGUGCUGAUUCUCCUCAGCUUGAGCGGAGCGGACAGCCUACGAAGAAUACAGAGCAGCAACAUACUACUGCAAAGAAAACAAUUAUUGAAAGUGCCGAAGUAGAUUUAGCCUUCCUUUGUUCCAAGUUACCUUGUUUGGUGUCAGAUUUGGAACAUCCUGUCUGCGCCUGCAAUCAUAAAACCGGCAAUGUCGUAACUUUCCAAAAUAAAUGUGACAUGCUGAAACAUAACUGUAGAUACAACACCGAUUACAAGCCGAUUUUAUUUCAAAUUUGUCCAUGGGAAUUUAAAAACCGAAGAGCCAAUUUAGAAAAUGAUGAUAUUUAA